AUGAUUAUUGAUGAAGGUCAUAGAAUGAAAAACUCACAAUCAAAGUUGUCGCAGACUUUGCGAACUUAUUACAAGACCAAGAAUAGGUUGAUUUUAACCGGUACCCCGUUGCAGAAUAAUUUACCGGAAUUAUGGGCAUUGUUGAAUUUUGUUUUGCCGGGUAUUUUUAAUUCAGUCAAAUCCUUUGAUGAUUGGUUCAACACGCCAUUUGCAAAUACAGGUAAUCAAGAGAAGAUUGAGUUGACAGAAGAAGAAUCGUUGUUGAUCAUUCGAAGAUUGCACAAAGUUCUUAGACCUUUCCUUUUGAGAAGAUUGAAGAAAGAUGUUGAGAAAGAUUUGCCGGAUAAGGUGGAAAAGGUUUUGAAAUGUAAUUUGUCCGGGUUGCAAUACGUGUUGUAUCAACAGAUGUUGAAACACAAUGCAUUGUUUGUUGGUGCCGAUGUUGGUGGUGCCAAGAGUGGUAUCAAAGGUUUGAACAACAAGAUUAUGCAAUUAAGAAAAAUAUGUAACCAUCCGUUUGUUUUUGAAGAAGUGGAGGCCGUAUUAAAUUCACUGAGGUUGACCAACGAUCUCAUUUGGAGAGUUUCAGGUAAAUUUGAGCUAUUGGACAGAAUAUUACCCAAAUUCAAGAAAUCGGGCCAUCGUGUUUUGAUGUUUUUCCAAAUGACUCAAGUGAUGGAUAUUAUGGAAGAUUUUCUCAGAUGGAGAAAUAUGAAAUAUUUGAGAUUGGAUGGUGGUACUAAAGCUGAAGACCGUCAAGAUAUGUUGAAAGUGUUCAACGCCCCUGAUUCUGAGUAUUUCUGUUUCCUUUUGUCUACUAGAGCCGGUGGUUUAGGUUUGAAUUUACAAACAGCUGACACCGUUGUUAUUUUUGAUACCGAUUGGAACCCUCAUCAAGAUUUGCAAGCUCAAGAUAGAGCCCAUCGUAUUGGUCAAAAGAAUGAGGUGCGUAUUUUGAGAUUGAUUACCAAUGAUUCUGUUGAAGAAAUGAUUUUGGAAAGAGCACACCAGAAGUUGGAUAUUGAUGGUAAAGUUAUUCAAGCUGGUAAGUUUGAUAAUAAAUCCACACCCGAAGAGCAAGAAGCAAUGUUGAUGAGUUUAAUCACAGCAUCGGCUACUGAUGCCGUUAACGAGGAAGACAACUCUUUGGAGGACGAUGAAUUGAACGAAAUUUUGGCACGUAGUGAAGAAGAGAAGGCGUUGUUUGCUGCUAUGGAUGAAGAACGAAAACUCAAUGAUGUUAAUCUCAAGUCGAGAUUGAUUGAAAAAGAUGAAUUGCCUAGUGUAUUUACUGAAGAUAUUUCAAAGCAUUUUGAAAAGGACAACAAGGAGUUGACUAAAAUGAGAGAGAAAAAACGUGUUAGAUAUGAUGAUGGAUUGAGUGAAGAACAAUGGCUUAGAGCAAUGGAUGAUGACAAUGACACUGUUGAAGACGCCAUCAAACGUAAAGAACGCAGAAUGGCCAAGAGAAAGAGAAACAAGGCUAUAAGAGAAGGGUUAUUGGAAGAAGACAUUAAGGAUGAUGAAGUUGGUGAAGAAGACGAUGUUGACUUUGCAGAAGCUGCCCAACCACGCAAAAGACAACGUCGUGAGCGAACUCCAUUACCUCAUAUUGAAGAUGGCGUCAAUGGGAUAGAAGAGGAAGAAGAAGAAGAGGAGGAAGUCGUGGAUGGGUUUGUUGCUAAAUGUUUAGGGGUCAUUGAUGAAAUCACAGCUUUGACUGAUGAAAAUGAUGGACACAACUUGAGUGAUAUUUUCAUCAAGUUGCCAUCGAGAAAAUUGUACCCAGAUUAUUACCUGAUUAUCAAGAAACCAGUUUCUAUCAAUCAAGUGAAAAAACAAUUGAAUCAAGAUAAGUUUGCAUCUUUUGAAGAAUUUAUUGCCGAAUUAAAACAAAUGUGUCUCAAUGCUAAAACAUAUAAUGAAGAAGGGUCAUUUGUAUACACAGAUGCUACGGUUAUUGAGAAAUUGCUUGAUGAGAAGUUAGCAGAAGGCGAUGAAGCCCGUAUAAAUGUAUAA